GAGGGUCCCGUCGGAGCGGAGGUGGGGCUGCGGACGCCGGGGCAAAAUGUUUAGAGAAAAGGUUUCGUGAUUGGUUUCCAGCGGCCCAGACGGAGUUGAGUAUUUUUGUCUUCUGCUAGUAUCAUUUUGGCCAGGUGGCAAGUGGAUGAUAUGGUCUGCGGUGUAAGAAGAACGUCGGUCUGUUUCUGACUUCGGUACAGGUUCUGGUCUGUCAGAGCAGGACGUUUCCAGUGCUAGGAGGAGGAGGUUUCAGGUUUGGGAGAUCAGCAGUUCCUGGCCUGCGAUACCUGAUGAUAGCUUCCUGGCAGGCCCAGAGACACAGGACAGAACACACCCCAGAGCUUCCAGUCUUUUCUUUAGGACUUGAGAAAAUGACCAAGGCCCAGGCAUUGCUCUCAUUUGAGGACGUGGCUGUGGGCUUCACCUGGGAGGAGUGGCAGCUAUUGGAUCCAGCUGAGAAGGAUCUGUACAGGGACGUGAUAUUGGAGACCUACAGCAACCUGGUGUCAGUGGGAUAUCAAGCUCCCAACCCAGAUUCACUCUUCUGGCUAGAGCAAGGAGGACCACCGUGGAUAGCAGAAGGAGCAGCCCGUAGUCCAACCUGUCCAGAAGAAGUAUGGGAGAGCGAUCAUAUGCAGUGGCACCGAGAAAACCAAACCAAGAUUAAAACUUUGGAAAGAUGUCAACAAAGUUAUGCACUUGGAAAUAAUUUCGAUUUAUGCAAAAGCCUUGUUUCUUUAACAGCAAGACACAAUAAGUUUGGCUCACAUUAUAAAAAUUUGAAGUCACAUUUAGGUAUUGUUAACCAGAAUAGAAGGUGUGAAGGAAAGGAUUCUGAUGAGUUUAUUGGCUAUGGGAAACCAUCUCUCCACAUCCAGUGUGAUAAAACCCAUACUGGAAUCAAAUACCAUGGAUGUGUUAGACCCAGUAGCACUAAAUCACAGCUCAGUGACCAUCAAAAAAGUUGCCCAGGAGACAAACGACAUGAAUGCAGUGAAUGUGGGAAAGUCUUCUCCAGGAAGGCACAGCUCAUUAGACAUCAGAGAACAGAAAGAGGAGAGAAGCCCCAUGGAUGCAGUGAAUGUGGGAAAACAUUCAUGAGAAAAAUUCAGCUCACUGAACAUCAGAGGACUCACACAGGAGAGAGACCCCAUGAAUGUAAUGAGUGUGGAAAAGCCUUUGCUAGAAAGUCACAGCUUAUGGUACAUCAGAGAACUCAUACCGGAGAGAAACCGUAUGUCUGCAGUGAAUGUGGGAAAGCCUUUAGCCGGAAGUGCCUGCUCAACAGACAUCAGCGAUCUCAUACUGGAGAGAAACUCUAUGGAUGCAGUGUGUGUGCGAAAGCCUUUUCCCAGAAGGCAUACCUCAUUGCACAUCAGAGACUUCACACAGGAGAGAAGCCUUAUAAAUGCAGUGAAUGUGGAAGAACCUUCUUUUUUAAGUCAGACCUGACCAAGCAUCAGAGAAUUCAUACAGGAGAGAAACCUUAUGAAUGCAGUCAGUGUGAAAAAGCCUUCAGAAGCAAAUCAAAGCUCAUUCAGCACCAGCGAACUCACAGCGGAGAGAGACCGUAUGCAUGCAGUGAAUGUGGCAGCGCCUUUGCCCACAUGUCAGUCCUCAUUAAACAUAAGAAAACUCACACAAGAGAGAAAGCUGCAAGUUCAAUAACGGUGGAGAAAGCUUCCUCAGGGAGUCAUAGCUCUUUAUACAUGAGUGAACUCUUAAAAGAGCAGAACCCUAUGAACACAGUACCUGUGGAAAUGUCUCCAGGAACUCAGCCCUUAUUAAACAUUGGUGAACUGUUAAGGAAUAGAAAUGUGAUUGCAAAACAGCCUUUUCCAAGAAGUCAAGCCUUAGUAGAUAAUCAGGAAUUUGCACAGGGAAUAUGCCUUGCAAAUGCAGUGAGUGUGACCACACCUUCAGUAAUAAAUUAUGUCUUUUAUGUUACAGAUAUUGUGUAGGAAAAAGCCAUCUGGUACCAGAAAUGUGGAAAAGUCUUUAGCAAGACUCCUGCACAUGUGUGUCAGAGCUCACACAGGACAGGAAUGCUGUGGGUGCAAUGGCUAUGGAGAACACUUCUGUUAGAAGUUAGAUUUACUCGGUGUCAGUGAAAUCAUUUUGGGCAGAAAUGCAGGAAUAGUGGGGACACCUCUCUCUGGAGGUGAUAACAGCUGAUAUCAGUGAAUUCUCACAGGUCCAAAACUUUAGGAAAGAACAUGAUGGUUUUCCAUGAUAAAUGGUACCUCAUCACAUGUCGGAAAAGCAUAGAAAGACAACUCUAGAGGUGUUGGAUGUGGAAAAUGUUUUUAGUAAGAUGUGGAAGAACUCUU